AUGAGCAGCGACGCGAAGCCGAAGAAGAGCCUUGUGCUUAACGCCUUCGUAAUGAUGACCAGCGGGCAUCAAUCGCCGGGUCUAUGGCGCCACCCGGACGACGAGUCGUGGCGCUUCAACGAGGUAUCGCACUGGGUCGAGCUGGCGAAGCUCCUCGAGAAGGGGAAAUUCCACGGGAUAUUCAUCGCCGACGUCCUAGGAGGAUACGACGUCUAUAGGAACUCCCUGGAUCCCUCGAAGAUCUCGGGAGCGCAGUGGCCGACGAACGAGCCGUUCGCUGUCAUCGCCGCGAUGGCGGCGGCCACCGAGAGCAUCGGGUUCGGCGUCACGGCUUCGACUACGUACGAGCAGCCGUACCACUUCGCCAGGCGCUUGUCGACGAUUGAUCAUCUGUCUAAAGGACGCUACCUCGACUCAGCCGCGAGGAACCUAGGCUUCACGGAGCAACCAAAACACGACGAGCGCUACGCGCAAGCGGAGGAGUACGUCAAGGUGAUCUACAAGCUGCUGGAGUCGUCGUGGCGGGACGACGCGGUGACGCUGGACCGGGCGUCGGGCGUGUACACGCGCCCGGAGCUGGUGCGGCGGAUCGACCACCGCGGGCCGUACUUCACGGUGCCGGGCCCGCACAUCUGCCAGCCGAGCCCGCAGCGCACGCCGCUGCUCCUGCAGGCCGGCACGUCGCGGGCGGGGAAGCAGUUCGCGGCGCAGCACGCCGAGGCCAUCUUCCUGUCCGCGCACGCGCCCGAGGUGUGCGCCCGCAACGUCGCCGAGGUGCGCGAGCUCGCGCGCUCCCGCUACGGCCGCGACCCACGGAACAUCAAGGUCCUGGCGCUGGUCACCCCCGUCCUGGGCCGCACCGAGGAGGAGGCCCAGGCCAAGCUCGCCGACUACAGGAAAUACGCGUCGCACGAGGGGGCGCUCGCCCUGUUCGGCGGGUGGACGGGCAUUGACCUGGACAAGUACGGAGACGAGGAAGAGUUGAGACACGUCGAGAGCAAUGCUGUGCGAUCUACCGUCGAAGGCUUCGCCCGAUUCUUGCCUAAGACCGCAAAGUGGACCAAGCACACGAUAGCGGAGCACGUCGCCAUCGGCGGCAACGGGCCCGUCCUCGUCGGCACGCCGUCGCAAGUAGCCGACGGGCUAGAGACCUGGGUCAACGAGGCCGACGUCGACGGUUUCAACUUCGCUUAUGCGCUAUUCCCCCAAUCCUUCAAGGACAUCAUCGAGCUUCUGCUUCCCGAGCUACGGCGCCGGGGCUUGUUCUGGGACGACUACGCGGUGCCCGGCGGGACGUACAGGGAGAACUUCUACCAGAAGCCGGGGCAGAGCGGCCCUCUCGACGAGCAUGUUGCUUCGUCGUACAGGUGGAAAGCAGGCGUUCCGUCGGAGAAGCAUGUGAUUCAAGAUUGAACUGAGCCGCAAUAGAUAUAAAGCAAGCAAGCAAGCAAGCAAUCGUAUGUUAAUCGUGUCGAUAAGACGAGGCUGUGCAAAGGGGAAACAGUUCCACCAUAAGGAACCUGAAGAGUACCUGAAAAUCGUGUGAUUUUCUCCCCUAGAAACAUUUACAUGCUAGCUUAGGUACCUAGGUAGGUAGCCAGUACGAAAUUUGAUGUCUGAGAUAGUAUCAAGAU